AUGGGUAAAUCUGUCUGAAGUUCCUUACUUCUUCGCUAAUGGAAUGUCCAUUUUCUUCUUGAAUCCUAACAAAACGAUUUAUAACAAUACUUAGACCAGGAGAAAGAUGUCGAAAAUAUUUAUGAAAUCCACAUCUUACAGCUAAAGAAGCAAAUAUAGUAUUAUUAACUAAAGCAGAUCGUAAAUCUGUUAAAGCACCUGGAGAAUGUUGUCGAGCAUCUUCGUACAAAUGUCUUGUUAUUAAAUAAUCUAAAAUUAUAAAUUCCUAUAUUAAAUUCUUCACUAUUAAAAGUUACAGGACAGUAAAAUUCGUUUAAUUUAUUUUUACUACCUAAAACAGCAUCUCCAAGAAAUUCUAACCGUUGGUAACAAUCUGUCAAUCUAUUAGGUUGAUAUGAUGCAUGAGUAAAUGCUUGUAGUAAAUAACUAAUGUCGUGAAACUUAUAUCCUAUACUUCUUUCUAACUCCUCAUAACCAUCGAGCAUCAUUUUCAAUUCUUGUUCUGGAUCAGAAAUAUAUCGAAGUAAGGGAUUUUGCGGCUCUUCUAAUUUUCCGUAAUGAAUCUGCAAUAAUCAGCGUGACUUAAGAUAUUCAUUUAUAGCUAUUAUGUAAAUCAAUAGGUACCUGUGUCCAUGUUGUUUGCCCCUUUUCAUUACUUCCUUUUAUAUAAGGAGUGCUACCUGGAAUUCUUUCUUUGGGCUCUAAUUCUUGUACAAUGGUAAUUUCUUCCGUAGGUAACACGUGAAUGCCUAACCAAGUCAUAAAAAGUAAUGCGCCUCUAGAUCCACAAGCAAUUAAAUAAGCUCCAAUUAAUGCUUCCACACAAUCCGCAAUACUCUUAUCAGGAAUGCUAUGUUGCGUAAUUAAAUUGUACGGUAUAAAGCAACGCAUGUUAUCUAAAUUAUUUGAAAGUGAUGUCUCAUUCCGAUCAAGCUCGUUUUUCAUGACACCCAAUUUUUGUUCCGUUUCUCUAACCAAUUGAGUUAUCUCAGAAGGAUUUACAGCUUGUAAAGCUGGAAUGUCAGCUUGAUUCCAUAAUGUAGAAGGUACACCAGAUUCGAUUAAUGCUUGUUCAAGUUCUUUUGGUACAUAAUAACAAGGAGGUAACCAAUUAUCAUGCGGUUCGAAUUUUGUUGCUAUCAUACUCUCACCUAACAUUUUUUGUCUUCCUAGUCUGUAUAAAUUUAAGUUACUGACCUAAAAAAAAAAACAUUACAUUAAAGUAGAUUAUCAUAGUCAAUAAAGCUAAUUAAUAAUUUGAAUUCUGUAUACCUGUUUGGAUCUUAAAUGACUAAGCUUGCCCUCGUGUAUGUUAUCAUAUGUACAAUAUAAAUAAGUAGUUAUUGCAUAUUUUAAAAAAGAAUCACCAAUAGUUUCUAAACGUUCUAAAUUAAUACCAUCGUUUGCGUUUGACAUAGUCAAAGCUUGUAAAAUUAAGCUGGGACUUGGGCCCGGAUGAUUUUCCAAUUCUGGUUGAAAGUCAAAACUAAAAAGAUUACUAUCUGCGUGAUAUGUAAAUUUUGAUAUAUUAGAAUCCUUUUUAAUUGACUGUACACCGUUAUUAUUAUUUAAUAUUUCUUUAGUGAAUUUCUCGACUAUAGUUUUUACGUACGCUUUAUGCUCGUAAUUUGGCAAAUUCUCUUCAAACUGUAAGCUACACGAAGCUUUUCUUUUAAUUAUAAUUUCGCUAUCACAGGGUAUGAAAGAUCCACUUUGCACUAUCUCAUAUUCUUUUACUUUGGCAAAUUCGUAGUGAGCUUCUCUGUGCUUUGCGAUUAAAGAGCUCUCUUCCUCUUCCGCAUACGACCAUAAAGCAUCGUCCAAAGUUUUUUCAGUUUCUAACAAAUCCAAGAUUUUUUUAUUGAUUUCUUGUUUAGAUAUUUGUUUUUCGUCUUCUACAGCUUCUGCAACGUUCUCGCCCAUAUAAGAAAUUCGUAACCCUCUGUUUUCAUCUUCACUUUCAUCAGAACUAUCGACAAAUCCAUCGCUGUAAAUAUCAUCCGAUUCAUAACCGUCAAAAUCUGAUUCACAUGCGGGAGAUCCAUAUCGAAUAUCACUCCAUUGUGACAUUUUUUCAUUCACAAAUCAAAUUCUCGUCAAAAUACCUGAGGUUGAUCUUGACUUCUAUACCAAGGCAUGAUUACUGCAUCAUGAUAUUUGGAUGCAUCAAACUUGAAAUCUUUUCUGUCUUCUUCAGGGAUUUUAAAUUUAUAUGUUGUUAUUACCUUGGGAAUUUCUUUUAAUGUUAUUAUACCAAAACCAAGUGCUGACUCCUCAGGAGGAUAUAUACGUCGACCUCUUGUAUUUUGUUCUUCAGUUGUUCCUGGCCGAGCUUCAGAAAAAUCCACUUUACUUUCAUCUGGUAGAGCAGGUACUUCUGCAUCUUCUGGUUUAGCUUUAAAAUUUUCUUUCCCGAUAGAAAAAAAUUGUAGAGACAGAGGGUGCUGUAAAUACAGAAUUUAACUUAUAUUGUUCUGGCCUUUUAUUACAAAAUGAUACUUUAGUUGGAGAUCUUACAUCAAAUGUUUUAGAAUUAACAGUUUCUCUUCCUGGUGGUAGAAAAACAAGAAAAGAGUAAAAAGAAAACUGGUCGAGCUAAAAGGCGGAUUCAAUAUAAUCGAAGAUUCGUUAAUGUUGUUCAAACUUAUAGUCGUCGACGUGGACCCAAUGCUAAUUCAAAUUCCUAAUUUUGUUUAUAUAUGUAAUAUAUAUCUGUAUGUAUACAUAAUGAAAAUAAAGUAAAAAAAUUA